UUUGAAUGAUCACACACAUUUCAUCAAAUUAAACUAUAGUCUUGUAUCAAGCAAAAUAAAUGUGGUCUAUAGUAACAGAUCCCAUUCAACUUCUUGUUACAAGAAUUAAGCAACAUGUCAUCCAUGAAGACUUUCAUGAAGCUGUUUCUAAAAUGUCCAUCAUAGAUGCUUUUCUCUUCCUUAUUGUACACUCUAUGGAUAAGUUGGGAUUAUGGCAUCGUUUACCUGUUUUCAUAGGGCUCAUUUACUUGGCCAUUAGACGCCAUCUUCACCAACAAUACAACCUUUUCAAUGUUGGAACAACACCUAUAGGGGUUAGGUCCAACCCUGUUGAUUUUCCUUAUAGAACAGCUGAUGGAAGAUAUAAUGACCCUUUUAAUGAUGGCGCUGGAAGCCAAGGAACUUUCUUCGGUAGAAAUGUUCUUCCCGUCGAUCAAAAGAAAAAGUUAUUGAAACCAGAUCCAAUGGUUGUGGCCACAAAACUUCUAGAGAGGAGAACAUACAAGGACACUGGAAAGCAAUUCAAUGUGAUAGCUGCAUCUUGGAUUCAAUUUAUGAUACAUGAUUGGAUUGAUCAUUUAGAAGACACCGAUCAAAUUGAACUCACUGCACCACGAGAAGUUGCAAGCCAAUGUCCACUAAAAUCUUUCAAGUUCUUAAAGACAAAGGAAAUUCCCACUGGCUUCUAUGAGAUCAAGACUGGAGGAGUAAACAUUCGUACACCUUGGUGGGAUGGAAGUGUGAUAUAUGGAAGCAAUGAAGAAGUUUUGAAGAAAGUGAGAACUUUCAAAGAUGGGAAGCUGAAAAUAUCAAAGCAAGGUAACCUUCACCUUAACGAAGAUGGAACAACAAUUUCAGGUGACAUUCGGAAUAGUUGGGCUGGUGUCACAACUUUGCAGACCCUUUUUGUUCAAGAACACAAUGCUGUUUGUGACACUCUCAAGAAUCAUCACCCAGAUUUGAAAGAUGAAGAUCUUUAUCGAUAUGCUAGAUUGGUGACUUCAGCAGUGAUUGCAAAGAUUCACACCAUAGAUUGGACUGUAGAACUCCUUAAAACAGACACUUUGCUUGCAGGCAUGCGAGCCAAUUGGUAUGGAUUAUUGGGAAAGAAAUUCAAGGACACAUUUGGGCACGUUGGAAAUUCAAUCUUGAGUGGAUUUGUGGGCAUGAAGAAAACAGAAAAUCAUGGUGUUCCAUAUUCUUUAACAGAGGAAUUUGUGAGUGUCUAUAGAAUGCAUUCACUGCUACCUGAUACCUUGCAUUUGAGAGACAUAUCAGCAACUCCAGGACAUAAUAAAUCUCCACCAUUAGUUAAAGAGAUUCCUAUGAAUGAUUUGAUUGGACUACAAGGAGAAAAUACUUUGAGAGAGAUUGGAGUUGCAAGGCAAUUAGUAUCAAUGGGUCACCAAGCUUGUGGUGCACUAGAACUUUGGAACUAUCCUUCAUGGCUCAGAGACUUAGUACCACAUAACGUAGAUGGCACAGAAAGAUCUGAUCAUGUGGACUUGGCUGCUCUUGAAAUUUAUAGAGAUAGAGAGAGGAAUGUAGCCAGAUAUAACCAAUUCAGAAGAGGAUUACUUAUGAUACCUAUUUCUAAAUGGGAAGAUUUGACUGAUGAUAAGGAAGUAAUUGAAGUAUUGGAAGAGGUAUAUGGUGAUGAUGUUGAGGAGCUUGAUGUUCUAGUAGGUCUCAUGGCUGAGAAAAAGAUAAAGGGUUUUGCAAUUAGUGAGACUGCUUUUACAAUAUUCCUUCUCAUGGCAUCUAGGAGGCUAGAAGCUGAUAGAUUUUUCACAAGCAACUUCAAUGAGGAGACAUACACUAAAGAGGGAUUAGAAUGGGUGAACACAACUGAGACCUUAAAAGAUGUGAUUGAUCGUCACCAUCCAGAAAUAACAAACAACUGGUUGAACUCUUCUAGUGUUUUUUCUGUUUGGGACUCACCUCCAAACAAACACAAUCCUAUUCCAAUUUACUUACGUGUUCCUAGUUAAUUAAUUUGUGUUUAUGUUUGUAUUUGGAUCAUCUUAAAUAAAACUUUGUUGUAUUUGUGUUUAUACAUACACAUUGGUAUGUGUGUAUGUAUUCAUGUUAAUGUGUUGUAUUUGGGUUUUUGGAAAUAAUCCUACGUUGUCAUCUAAAAAAUAUAUUCCUAUGUUGUAAUUUGUUAAGAUGGACAUUCAUUAGUUUCUUUUUUAUGAGUUUAA